AUGUCAAAAACUUUCCUUAGACCAAAGCUGUCUUCUGCAAAGGUAGCAGACUGGGUAGACCCAUCAUUUGAUGAUUUUUCAGAGGAUACAGACAUCUCUACUAUUACUGCCUCAUCCUUAGGUGUGAAUAACUCAAGCUAUAGAAGAAAAUAUGUGCCUUCUACAAUAGAAAAUAGCAGAUUUGCAGCUAGAAAAAGAGGAAAGCUGUCGUCCUUAGAACAGAUUUGUGGCAUAGAAAAUUCAAAAGACUAUCUUCCUGAAAAUGAACCAUGGGUGGAUAAAUAUAAGCCAGAAACUCAGCAUGAACUUGCUGUGCAUAAAAAGAAAAUUGAAGAAGUUGAAACCUGGUUGAAAGCUCAAGUAUUAGAAAGGCAACCAAAACAGGGUGGAUCUAUUUUAUUAAUAACAGGUCCUCCUGGAUGUGGAAAGACAGCAACUUUAAAAAUAUUAUCAAAGGAGCAUGGUAUUCAAGUACAAGAGUGGAUUAAUCCAGUCUUACCAGAUUUCCGAAAAGAUGAUUUCAAGGAGCUAUUGAAUCCUGAAUCAAGCCUCCAUAUUUAUCCUUAUCAGUCUCAGAUGGCAGUUUUUAAAGAGUUUCUGUUAAGAGCAACUAAGUAUAACAAACUGCAAAUGCUUGGCGACGAUAUGAGAACCGAUAAGAAGAUUAUUCUUGUUGAAGAUAUACCUAACCAGUUUUAUCGAGAUUCUCAGACUUUGCAUGAAGUUCUAAGGAAGUAUGUCCAGACUGGUCGAUGUCCUCUUAUAUUUAUAAUAUCUGACAGUCUCAGUGGCGAUAAUAAUCAUAGGCUACUAUUUCCCAAAGAAAUUCAAGAAGAGUGUUCAAUAUCAGCUAUCAGUUUCAACCCUGUGGCACCAACAAUUAUGAUGAAAUUUCUUAAUCGAAUAAUGACAUUAGAAACUAAUGAGUAUGGAGGAAAAACCACAACUCCAGAUAAAGCUGCUCUAGAGUUGCUGUGUCAAGGAUGUUCUGGUGAUAUCAGAAGUGCAAUAAACAGCCUCCAGUUUUCUUUUUUAAAGGGAGAGAACAAAGUUUGGCCAAGGAAAAAAGGAGUGUCUUCUUUGAAACUGGAUGAUGUGCCGUCAAAAACAAAACAAAGGAAAAAGCCUGGCAGGGUAUUUGAAAAUCAAGAAAUCCAAGCUAUUGGUGGCAAAGAUGUUUCCCUCUUUCUCUUCAGAGCGUUGGGGAAAAUACUGUAUUGUAAAAGAGAAUUAUUUAAUUUAUAUCUUCACCAAAACUACGUAGAUUUCUUUGUGGACAUAGAUGAUCUUGUGAGAGCCAGUGAAUUUCUGAGUUUUGCAGAUAUCCUCAGUGGUGACUGGAAUACACGGUCUUUCCUCAGGGAAUAUAGUACAUCUAUAGCUACAAGAGGUGUGAUACAUUCCAACAAAUCCCGAGGAUUCGCUCACAGCCAGGCAGGAGGAUCAAGUUUUCGACCUUUGCACAAACCCCAGUGGUUUCUAAUAAAUAAAAAGUAUCGAGAGAAUUGCCUGGCAGCAAAAGCACUUUUUUCUGACUUCUGCUUACCAGCUUUAUGCCUCCAAACCCAGUUGUUGCCAUAUCUUGCUCUGCUCACUAUCCCAAUGAGAAAUCAAGCACAAAUUUCUUUUAUCCAAGAUAUUGGAAGGCUUCCACUAAAGCGACACUUCGGAAGAUUGAAAAUGGAAGCCCUGACCGACAGGGAGCAUGGAAUGAUAGACCUCGACAGCGGAGAUGAAGUCCAGCUUAAUGGAGGGCAGCCUGCAGAGGAAGCUCUGGGUGAACUCCCUCAGACCUCGGAGCCUAAAGCCUGGUCUAUUCCUCUGAGUCAGAGCAGUGGGAGUGAACUGCCUGCUAGCCAGCCUCAGGCCUUUUCUGCCCAAGAAGAUACGGAAGAAGACAUGAUCAUAGAAGACUAUGAGAGUGAUUAG